AUGGCGGACGAUACGAAGGACCCUGACGUGGCCAAUACCGAUAGCGACAAUGCCAAUGGUGAUAAGCGAAUUGAUCAGCUUGACGAGUUGGUCGCCAAAGCAGCUCAUCAAUAUUCAUUAAGCAAUUAUGGGGAAGCAGCAGAGCAAUAUGCGCAUGCGACAGAGCUACAAGCGGAGAUCUAUGGCGAGAUGUCAACCCAAAACGCAGACUUGUUGUAUGCGUAUGGGAGGUGUCUAUAUCACGUUGCAGUUCAGAAGAGCGACGUUCUAGGCCCUCAAGUUGCCGGCGAGAAGCCAAAGGACGAGCCUAGCAACGAAGAGGGUCAAGUUGGAGAAUUGGGUUUAGACCAUAAGAUUGAGACGGAGCCUGAGGGUGUCAUCGCGAAAGCCAUCGAGGAGAGCGAAGAAUAUCAGAGACCAUCGGCAGAAGUCGGCAAGAGCGAGAAACCGUAUUUCCAAUUCGCUGGCGAUGAAAACUUCGAUACGUCAGAGGAAGAGGAGGCCGGCGAUGCAGACCACCCAGGAGAGGAUCCAGACGCGGAAGACGAUGACUUAAUGAACGCCUUUGAGGUGUUGGACAUGGCACGCGUCUUACUGAUUAAAAAAAUUGAGGAAGAUCAUAGAACCGGCAAAGGCAAAAGUGUGGAAGUGCUGCCGCAGGAACGUCAGUUACAGGAGCGUCUAGCCGACACUUAUGACCUCCAGGCGGAAAUAUCGCUCGAAGGAGAAAGAUUUCAAAGUGCUGUGACAGAUCUCAAAUCGGCAUUAGAGCUGAAGGAAAGGCUGUUUGUGCCAUCAUCAAGCCUAUUGGCUGAAGCACAUUAUAAACUGUCGUUGGCUCUAGAAUUCUCUUCGGUCACGGAGCGGCAAUCUGGGAAUGCAGAGACAACUUCGGAAAAGGGAGCAUAUGUUGACUACGCAAUGCGAGAAGAAGCAGCGAAGGAGAUGGAAGCGGCAAUUGCGAGCUGCAAAAGCAGGAUUCGGACAGAAGAGUCGGCAUUGCGAGAAAUGGUGGGGUCGAAUGGCAAGCUUGAUCGAGAGUCCAAGAUUGCAAGCGGUAUUGCGGAAGUAAAGGAAAUGGUAAUUGACAUGGAACAGAGGCUGUCUGAGCUUCAACAGCCUCCUGUCUCCAUCAGCGACGCUCCAGACAAGGGCAGGGUAGAGGACUCUAAUCCUUUGGCUAGCAUUCUCGGCUCUAUGUUAGGCGAAUCCCCUAGUGAUCAGAAGAAGAUACUCGACCGCGCUGCUAAGGACGCGAACGAUUUGAGUGGCCUAGUCAAAAGAAAGAAGCAGGCUAGUGAGGCAGCCAUAUCAAAUUCAAUAGCAGAUGAGGCGUCUUCCUGCAGUAAGAGGAAAAUUGAACUUUCUAAACUAGAUGGCGUACACGACAACAAGAGGUCCAAGCUUGAGAAGCCGAGCGGCCUGUGA